AUGCGAGAAGAUAGUCUGAGCCGAUUAGUGACCCUCAUUUAUGACGAGUCCGGUUCAACCACUCAGUCCGGUAAAUUCCCAGGGAUGAUGAAACUUCGGACAAUUCUGCUGGCGAGCCCAGGUAGUCCAACAGUGGUCGGAAAGGACGAGUACCUGAGUAGGAGCACAGUUAGGACCCAACGUAUAAAAAACGGAGAGUUGUCAAAGGAUGCUGUUCUUACGAUACCACCGAUUGAAUUUGAGCCUUAUUAUUCAUUUGAUUUUCCCAAAAGUGAACGCAAUAAAUCGCUACCAAUCCUCCAUUUUGCGAUAGGCUUUGAUGAUAAAAAAAUGAUAGACUAUUUGUUAAGUUUCCAUCAAACGGUAGAUAAAAUACAACCAGCGUUGCUGUUUGCUAUAAAACACAGCGAAAUAAAUAUUGUCGAAAAAUUAUUAGCUGCUGGUGGAAAUAUCAAUGAUCCAAUGCUAUUCUCAACAGCCAUUUAUAAUAAUCGUAUUGAGAUAGCGAAUUUUUUGAUCGAUCAAGGAGCUCUAUGUGAUUCCAAAAUAUCUUUUGAAGGAUGUUCGUCGUUAGUAAUAGCUGCCAAACAUAAUUAUGUUAAUUUAAUGAAAAUCCUGAUUGAUAAUGGGGCUGAUGUCAACUUCCUAUCUUCGAAUCGCGGUAAAAAUUCUACAUGGACACCUUUGAUGGCUGCGUGUAGCACAAGUGCAAGAGAAGCAAUAGAAAUUCUCCUAAACCAUCCAAAUAUUGAUGUCAAUAUUGUCGACCAUAAUCGUGAAAACUGUAAUUUUUAUAUUAAUACUCUCAGUUCGAUGAGCAAGAUUAAUCAUAACUUGCUGUUGAAUACUAAUAUUAAUAUCAAUAUCAGGAACAUUAACGGGAAGUUACUGAUAGAAUCUUCCCCAUCUCUUGCGCUGAUUUUUCAUAUUGUUGCACUGAUGGUCGCGGGACUCGACGUCUCCGAAAGAAACAUCGAAGCUUCUGGUGCCCGAAUAUACAAGAAAUUACAAGCUAAAUACUUACAAGAGAUUGAAUUGCUAAAGAGCACCAAAGAAUUGAUGACCAACUGGUCCUGCUUCAGGAUUCUUCGUACAUCUCAACAUCUACUGGCUUUACGCUUCAAGCAUCUUCAAAUUCCGGAACAUCAAGGAGAAGAAUGGAGCGAAAAGUUUCCAAUUUAUGGGAAAAUGCUUGCAUUUAACUUCAAGAAAGCUCUUCAAAGGAAGAUUUUGCUUAAAAAAACAGACCAGGUGCUUUUUGAUAUCUUAUAUCGGAAACUGCCAGCCACUUUUAUCAAUGAUUUGUACCAUUAUAUGAGUAACUAUAAUUUAUCUAAAUUAGUUGAGUAA